GUGGUAAACCUGCUCUCAAAGGAAAUAAAUGGCGAGUUACAAACGGGAGCAUUGGCGUGUCCACCGCAUCCAUAGCUUUCUAUCGGCAUACUAAUUGGCUACCUACUUCUAGCCUCUUCCACCACGUUCCCUUCACCCCAAAACCUCUUCCCUCCUCCAACCCCCUCCACUCUAUCCCUCGAUGCCGAGCCAAAGGCAUCUCCUAUCCACCUUGGAAGCCUCCGAACCUCUCAUUUCCACCUCUUUCUCCCUCCUACGGUAAUCCGGCGGGUGGGGGCGGAAAUGGAGGCGGCAUUGGGGAUCAAGAUGCAGAACGGCGAGCGCGAGGGCGGCGAGGUGGAGCUGGCGGGGAGGAGUGCCAUCAAGAGCGGCGGCGGGAGCGACAUAUGCUUGGUGGAAAGUACCGCCGGUGGGCUGCCGCCGGCGAAGCCGAUCAGCCUGACGAUGCUGAUCUUUGCUUGCAUGGUGGCCGGCGGAGUCCAGUACGGUUGGGCUCUGCAGCUGUCGCUGCUCACCCCUUACGUUCAGACACUAGGAAUAUCCCAUGCCCUUUCCUCUCUCAUGUGGCUUUGCGGCCCAAUUGCAGGCUUUAUAGUUCAGCCUUUAGUUGGUUUGUGGAGUGAUAGAUGUUAUUCAAGAUUUGGGAGGAGGAGACCAUUUAUACUUGCUGGAUGUCUAUUGAUUUGUGUUGCAGUAGUUAUAAUUGGGUUUUCUUCAGACAUCGGAUAUGCCUUAGGCGAUACCAAAGAGCAUUGCAGUGUUUAUCAUGGUGCCCGAUGGCAUGCUGCUAUCAUUUUUGUUGUUGGAUUUUGGAUUCUGGAUUUUUCUAAUAAUGCAGUACAGGGUCCAGCUCGUGCACUCAUGGCUGAUCUAUCCGGUCAUCAUGGAUGCAAUGCAGCAAAUGCAAUAUUCUGCUCAUGGAUGGCUUUUGGGAAUAUCCUAGGAUAUUCUUCUGGUUCUACUAAUGAUUGGCACAAGUGGUUUCCUUUCCUUAUGUCAAAGGCUUGUUGUGAAGACUGUGCAAAUCUGAAGGGAGCAUUUUUGAUUGCUGUUGUCGUCCUCCUUAUUUGUUUAUCUGUGACCAUAAUCGUUGCUAGAGAAGUUCCGUUAUGUCAAGUCAAUGCAAAUCUUCAAUUAAAUGGCGAUCAGGUGAAGAAUGAAGAUGAGCAAAGAUCUGGCAUAUUUUCUGCCUUCAAAAGUUUCAAGAAUUUACCUCCUGGAAUGCCUUCAGUUCUUCUUGUCACUUCUCUUACUUGGUUAUCAUGGUUCCCAUUCAUCCUUUAUGACACAGAUUGGAUGGGACGAGAAGUUUACCAUGGAAAUCCAAAUGGAUCGCAGGCUCAGAUUGAUGCUUAUGACCGAGGUGUCAGACAAGGUGCAUUUGGUCUGCUAUUGAACUCGAUUGUUCUUGGGAUUGGUUCUUUCAUGAUUGAACCAUUGUGCCGGAAAUUGAGUGCAAGAAUAGUGUGGGUGAUGAGCAACUUCAUCAUGUGUGUCGCCAUGGCCGCUACUGCAAUCAUAAGCACAUGGUCCUUGCAUGACUACCAUGGUUCAGUUCAGGAUGUAAUUACUGCAGAUGGCCAUGUCAAAGCUGCAGCACUUGUUCUAUUUGCAUCUCUCGGAUUCCCCCUAGCUAUAUUGUUUAGUGUUCCUUUUGCGGUUACAGCACAGUUAGCCAAAAACGAAGGCGGUGGCCAAGGACUCUGCAUUGGAGUUUUGAACAUUUCAAUUGUUGUUCCCCAGGUAACUUCUGAUCUGUCCUAGCAAAUUUUCUUUCAAACCAAUGGAACAUUUUUUACUCGGAGUGAUCGUAGCUCUCGGUGCUGGUCCAUGGGAUGCACUCUUUGGAAAGGGGAACAUUCCUGCCUUUGCUCUCGCAUCUGCAGUCGCCUUUGUGUGUGGUGUGGUUGGAUUCUUCUUGCUUCCGAAGCUUUCUAGGAACAACUUUAGGACUUCCGGAGUUGGCGGAUUCCACUGACCUCACUCAGCCAUCAUGGUUGUUCUCAAGUUCAGAUACCAGGCCAAUCCAUGGGUCUUACCGUCUUCUCUUUCAGUUGUGUUCUCACAAUCAGGGACUCGUCUGUUUGCUCUCUCUCUCUCUCUCUCUCUCUGUGUGUGUGUGAAGUAAGUUGGAAUUAAGAGGAACUCGUGUUAUGAACUGCGUCUCGGCCUUUCCUGCUAUCCUAGACCAAUAAAGGAGGUCAAGGUGGCGGGUUAAGGCUCAAAGUUUCCUGCUGUGUCUUUUAUGAAAACACUAUCGAAAUCAGAAACGUAGAAGCUUUCACAGA